AUGGCUGCAAAGUGUGAAGGUGAUCCGCACUAUUUUUCCAAACCCUGGAAAUUAAGCGAUGUCAUUCUACUUGUGGAAGAAGAGAAAUUCCAUGUUCACCGCGCCGUGCUUGCGUUGUCUUCGCCCGUCUUUGAGAAGAUGUUUUCAUCAGAAUUUCAAGAAAAAGACAAGAACGAAGUGACUCUUCCAGAUAAAAAGGCAAGCGAGGUUGAAGAAUUGCUUCUGAUGUUAUAUCCCUCUGUGGCAGAGAAACAAAUAACAGAGGAGAACUGUUUCUUUCUGGUGAACCUUGCCAACGAAUAUCAAAUAGAGGCCAUUGUUCGGAGAUGCGAAGAUUUUAUGGUUGAGCUUGUUAAAACUAGACCGAAGGAUUGUGUUUUUGCAAUAAUCUUUGCACAGAAGUACGAAUUAGCGAAGUUGAAAAAGGCGGGAAUAGAGCAAGCGUAUUAUUUAACCCUGGAAGAGUUAAAAAAUGAUAAAAUGUACAACCAAAUUGAGAAAAAGGAUUUGAUGGAUAUCAUGGAGGGGAUUAUGUUGCGGCAAGACAAAGAAUUAGAAAAAUUUCAGCAACAGUGUCAACAAAUGAAAAGGAAAAUUUCGUCAAUUUCAUUCCAAUAUUCUGGUACUUUAUUAAGAGAGCUCCAUAUCAUCGCCGAUCUACUGGUUGAACAUGUAUGUUCAAAGCGCGAUAUUCCGCGAAGUCGCAUGCCAAGUUUUCGUGAUGUUGACGGCUAUCUUUCUGCGUUGGAAAUGGCUGAAGGAAAGGAUUAUUGUAAAUGCGGAACUGAAAAAUGCGCCAGUUUCGGUGUUCGCUUUCUACACAAUUUGAAGUCUAUGAAAAAUGCACUGAUAUCUAUUCGCGAGAUCGUUCAGAACGACAAAUGAAGAAAAAAAGGCCGCACCAGUCUGACCAGUAUUUUAAAACAUUGGCAUUUUUAACGAUGUCACGCCGGAAGUAAUCUUUCGUACUACCGUAAACUCAUGGGCAAAGAGUUCGCCAUUAUUAUGGACAGAGAGAAGGACUUAGCAGUAUCCUUCGGCGACUUCAUGGUAUCCAAUGGCUAAUGCGGGUAUCAGCGGCCAUCCCGAGGGGGCGACCCCCGGGCACCCAGGGGCAUUUGUCACAGCUGCAGUGACAAAUACGUGCUAAAGCCCCUGGGGUAGGGCAAAAAAUUGGGACAAAUACCCCCACCCCUGGAGCAACCUGGGCAACAUAUAAUAAGUAAUUUUUUUAAAAAAAUUCCCGUUUACUUGCAAAAACGCAUAACUCCAGCACAAGAAAAAUGGGAAAACAGUCACUUUAAGGAGAACAUUCACGUCGAGACAGGCAUGACAAAUUAUCUAUUUCAGAGGAAUCAGCAAAACAAGACUAAAGGGCUAAUACAAUUACACUAUGUUUCAUUUGAAGCUUUAAUAUCUCUGAUCAAAUAUGAAAAAAGAUCAAACUACACAGGCUGGCAAAAGACUGAUAAUCAUACUGAAAGAUUUAUAAUGAUAAUAAUGAUAAAAAUAUUGGCAUUGGCAAUGUCUAUUAAAUGUCUGAAAUUAUAAAGAGAGACAAGAUUAUCAUUGCUGCUUCACCAUUAAAUAAAAACAUGAGUGUUGUAACCGUAAUUCUAUAGACUCAUUCGUACACACAAUUUAAAUGUAAAAUAUCUGAAAUAUGAACAACAAGUACAGUGUAUCUGGAAAAUCUGUCACGAAAACCGCUGAACGUUGAGACAGCAGAUUACGUACAAAUCCCGUGGGUAUGGCCCCGGGGUGUUUUGCCAAAAACACAAAAGCGCUCUAAUGCCCCGCAUGCGGGGCAUGCUUUUGCUACAAAUCCCCUGCUAAGCCCGUGGGUUGCCCGUGGGUUGCCCGGGGGUCGACCCCUCGGGAUGGCCGCUGAUACCCGCAUAAUGUGUAUGAGGGGACCCCUCGAAAAAGAGGAUGCCAGUUUUCAACUUGUUGUCGUCGACUGAAUGGUAUAUCUUGGAAACUUCUCGUUUACGUCGCAAAUUUUUUGUGUCUUUCUUAUUUAUUAUGAGUAAGAAUUGAUUUACAUUGUAAACUAUUUCAGAAUUAGAUGACAUACCAGACUACGGCAAGAACUUGGCGUUUGAUUUUUUUUACGGGUUCUAAUGAAUUCGUCCUUUAUAAGACAUGCAGGAACAAGAGUAUAGUAACCCUGAUGGUCGUUUUACUCAGCCUUGGACUGUCCUUAGCCAAUUUAUGUUUUUUUAGAAAGUAAUUUUUUCUUAGAUUUAAGGCUUAUUUCAUCUUUUAGUUUACAUGUAUUGUUUCUCGGAAGAAUAUAGUACAGCUACUUAUCCUUAAUGGCAAAGGCAAGAAUAACCAGUCAUAGUUGAUAGUGGGCAUUUCAAGUUGGUCAUUAAAUUAAAGGAGUGGUUGCAUGACAUGCAUGCUCCAUUGUAGACAAACUAUCAUGAACUUCAGAAAAACCUGUUAUAAUGGCCACUACCAAAAAGCCGGCAGGGGUUUUAUAGUAGACCUGGCCAGCUUUUAGCUUUUCAUAACUAGCUACCUUUUUCCUGCAACUAGGUGCAAGCUAAAUCAAAUUUAUCCCUCUGCUUUUUAAUUUUCUGUUGCGUAGUGCUAUGUUGCAUUUAACUUGAACCGUGCAUAAAAAUUCAAAGGUGUCUAAAAUAAUGUUUACAGUGUAGGCCACCGAAUGGCAGCCAAACCGGAGAACACAAUCCUGUUGAUUUACAGCACAAAAAGGCUCCAUGCAUUUUACAAAACUACCGUGCAACUUGGUACACGCUUAUUCAUAUACCAAAACAAAGCCCAAGAAUUUUUCUUCCGCUGCUAUAUAAUUUCUUGUUGUACCGAGUUGCACGAGACUUGCACUAAACAUAAAAGGAGAAAAUUACCCACCUUUUUAGCAUGUCCUCUCCUUGCAUCCAGCAAUCGCAAUGCCGAUCUUGGAUAAAUGGAUCGAGCCAGUGUGUUUGUCUGACAGUUCCAGUACUCUCGGGAAAACAAAACUAACUGUUUCCCCUCGGGAUCUGACAUUAGGUGUAUACUAUUACACACUAAUUAUAUUGUCUUAUUUUGUUUACCUCUUACCUAGAAUUUUCUAUUACUUGAGGACUGAUGAAAAUAUUUCCUUAUGACCGUUCCGUCAAUGUAUAGUUUUCGAAGCUAAGCUUAUCUGAUAAAUUUCUACGAUUUUCUGAAGUUUAAGUUCACAUUUCACCUCCCAAGUUACUGAGGAUUUUUUUUUCGGAGAAAAAGGAAACCUAAAUUUUUGGAUUCAAAAAUGUGAUUGAGAGAGAAAUGAGAAAGUAUCUCUUAAGAUUUUUGUAAUACGUCGAAUUGCAUCUAAACUUUUUGGGAGAAUAAUACUCAAGGCCUUGUAAUUUCAAAAAAACUCCAGGACAGGGUUGUUCAAAGCUGGGUUAAGUAGCCUGUUUAAAUUGUAAGUUAAAAUUCCCUCCCCACUGACUGCCGCGCUCUACUAUCUGAACACCUGGAACAGGCUAUGGGUUAAGAUAACCCAGGGUUAGUGCGAAAUUUGAAUUCAGAUAUGAAAGCUUAAAAAGUAAGUUCAGUUUAAUUCUUUUUGUCAACAAGCUGAUCAGUGAUUGGAUGCUCUUAAAAAUAAAAGAGGAAAUUAUCCGGAAAAAAGCUUUUAUACAGAAGAAAAAGAAACCCGGGUUUAAUUUACCCUGAGUUAAAGGAGCUGUGUCACGAAAUUCAGCCCAAUUAGGCAAUUACAAAAUGCCCGUUAAAUUAAGAGAAACGUAAAAUAACCGCUUAAAACAUUAAAGGAAGGUUAAAAUAACACAACAGAUGCUACGGAUGGGCAAAACUGAAGAAGAUUGAAACGGAUUGAAAUUAGGGUUUUUGAAAACUGUUCAACUGCUUUUCAAAGUUGAUCUCUGCUGUUUGCAACCUCAAAAAUAAGAAUGCUCAGGAGACAUAUUUGUUUGUCUCGAAUCUCUGAUUUUGUCUUUUACAUGUAAUUUCUUUGCUUACUUUAAGUUCCAUAGCGAUUGAGGGCGAGUAAUUGGCAAAAUUAAACAAAAUGAACUGGAGUGCUGUGACACAGCUCCCGUAAUCGCCAAUCUACCUUCAAACAACUGGGCCCAGGUCCUCUAUUUAAGAUGACCGGACAGAUGCAAAUUUUAUAGCGCUGCUUAGAAUGCAUUUCUAGAUAUCUAAAAGUACUCUGGAUAGCCCAAAAAGUAUUUUCAAUGUAUUAAGUAGCUUGCGUGGCUGGCGUUUGAAAGGGAAGGGAAAGGGAGUUUUAGGUGCGAGAGAAACGCGAGGGGCGCGCCCCUCGCGUUUUCUUCGCGCCCAAAACCCCCUUUACCUUCCCUUUCAAACGCCUGCCACGCAGGCUAUGUAUUUAGGAGGAAAGCGUCGAUGGGUUCCCUGUGCUAUUUUGCACUAUUAAAUUUCACGGUUCAAGUAUCUCGGAUUUCAAAGUGUUCCCAAAUUAUCUCUGCGUCCACAUAUUUCAUGGCAACACUUUUUUUGUCGCCACACGUUAUUUUUCUUUAUAUUCUUCUGGAAAAAUUGUUAUCCUUCUCUCCCAACAUUCCAAGCGUCAAUCACAAGUUUUGAGCCAUUGGCGCCCAGGAUUCGCUCGUAAUUACCACGCUGCUUCUAUUUCGUAUUUUAGUCGGUGAAGCGAAGCGAAGCGAAGCGAGGAUGCACCAAGUCCAACUGAGUUUUGUGGAUACUACUUACACGCGUUGUGGCCCAUCAAAAUAUUGUCGUAGGUCUCUGAAAUGGCUACAAAGUGUGAAGGUGAAUCGCACUAUUUUAAUCAACCCUGGAAAUUAAGCGAUGUCAUUCUGGUUGUGGAGGAAGAGAAAUUCUAUGUUCACCGCGCCGUGCUUGCGUUGUCAUCUCCUGUCUUUGAGAAGAUGUUUUCAUCAAAAUUUCAAGAAAACGACAAGAACGAAGUGACUCUUCCAGAUAAAAAGGCAAGCGAGGUUGAAGAAUUGCUUCUGUUGUUAUAUCCCUCUGUGGCAGAGAAACUAAUAACAGAUGAAAACUGUUUCUUUCUGGUGAACCUUGCCCACGAAUAUCAAAUAGAGACCAUUGUUCGGAGAUGCGAAGAUUUUAUGGUUGAGAAUGUAAAAACUAAAGCGAAAGAUUGUAUCAUUGCAGAAUUGAUUUUUGCACGGAAGUAUGAAUUAGUGAGAUUGAAAAGGGCGACUAUCGAGCAAGCUUAUAAUCUAAGCCUGGAAGAGUUAAAAAAUGACAAAAUGUACGACCAGAUCGAGGAAGAUGAUCUGAUGGAUAUCAUGGAAGGGAUUAUGUUACGGCAAGGCAAAGAACUGCAAGAAUUUAAGCAUCAGGUUCAAAGAAAUGAAGGAAAGAUUUUAGCCAUAAAUAAACACAGCAACACUGCUUUGAAGCAGUUAGAGAUGAUCGCUAGGCAACUGGUUAUUCAUGCUGGUUUAUGGAACCGUGAUUUGAAUAAUUCCGAUCACUUAGUAAGCUGUCUUCUUGUAUUGAGCAUGGAUGAAAGAAGCGAUUACUGUAAAACAUGCGACUCUGCAAGAUGCCCCAGUCUUAGAGAAGUCUCAAAAAAAUUGAGCUCUAUAAAACACUCUCUAGAACAUAUC